GAAUUAGCGAAAAAGAUAGAGAUAUCUCUCCCUCCCUCAAUUGAAACAGUAUGUAAUAAUUUUUUAACAAACUAUGACGAUGGCUCUACAGAGAUACCUUUACAAAAACUUUCUUAUAAGAAUUGGAGAGAGAGUGAAGAGGUUCUUAAAGAUAUUUUAGUUAGAAUACUUGAGACUUUAUUUAUGAAUCUAGAACAGAAAGAUAAAGAAAAAACUAACCUUAUUGCUAAACUUGAGCAGAAUGAUAAAGAAAAAAUGGAUUCUAUAGUUAAAUUGGAAUAUGAUGUUUCACUAAUCAAAGGACAAGACAAGAGUAUAGUGUGCAAUCAAAUCGUUACUAAUGUUUUGCAAGAUGUAGAACCUGGAAUCUCUAAUUCAUAUUCU